AUGCUCCUUCCUCACUACAUUGUGAUGUGUACUGGAAGAAAUAAGAAAGAGGAAGGGGCCCUGUUCAGAGUGUUUCUGUGUGUUAACUAUACAGCAAGUGAUGGUGAAAAAAUAUCCUUUUGCUUCUUUUUUUUAGCUUUUAAUUUUUUGUUUGUUUGCUUCAAUUCAGGUUCCUCCUGGAACAACUGUGAUUUUGAAACCAAUCUGUGCAAACUUCUUCCUGAAUUCAAUUUACAGCCUGGCUGGAUAAGAAGAAAUGGUCAGUCUGGGAUGGGACCACCAUACUUUGACCACAAUGGGAAUGAGAGUGCUUAUUUCCUCUCAUUGUCCUCUGAAAUGCAAUCCUCUUCUGCAGUUUUAAGGACAAGCGUUUUCCUUCCAACUGAUGAAGAACACCUUUGCCAGAUUAGAUUCCAUUAUUGGGUCAGUCAAAUGAGCAAAACAUUAAUGGUGGGGCUUCAAAAGCUCUCUGAAGAUACUGUUACAAACAUUUGGCAAGUUUCGGGAGAACUACAAAAUCAGUGGAACAUAAAUACCAUUACAAUCAAUAGCACCGAAAAGUUUGAGGUUAUUUUUUCGGGGAUGGUGGAGACCCAGGGACAAGGUGAAAGUGUUGCCAUUGAUGAUAUUACCUUUAGUGAAGGAUGUUCUGUAGCACAUGUACCACAGAUUUCCAUUUUUGAGCUUGGUGUGUGUGAGUGGCACUCAGACCAGCCAGCUGAGCCUGCUCAGGGGGCACGGCUGCAAACUGGGCACAAGAUUGCCUCCUGUUCCUUCCUGGAGGAUUCCAGCAAGGAUACUGAAGGCCAUUUUGAAUGGUUAGAAACUAAUGACAAGGCAUUAUAUGAAAGGGCCCAUCUAAACAGCUCCAUGUGUCAUUGCUCCAGCAAGACUUGCCAUUUUCAGUUUCACUACUCCAUGGCAGAUAGUAGUGUUCUCAAGAUAGUACUGCUUAUGAAUCAGGAGGAGUAUGUCUUGUGGGAAACCAACAUCAUGACUAAGAAGGAAUGGGUCAAAAUGAAUAUACAGCUACCAAUAGGCCUAGAAAAUAUAAAGCUUGUGUUUAAAGGAACACUGCAGAGCAGGGCAGGUUUCAUCUGCCUGAAUAGCAUCCAGCUCUUGGAUACUGCACCAUCAGAGCCAGCAGGUUCUUGCUCCUUGGAAGAACCCCCCUGCAGGGUUGGGCAGCCCAAGGCCCCUGGAUCAGCCUGUGACUCUCACCCAGACUGCCCUGAUGGCAGCGAUGAGGACCCAGACACCUGCUCUAAUUACACCUUGUGUGAUUUUGAGACUGACCUCUGUGGAUGGAAGCCACUGAGCAAAGGUGAUGCUGACUGGAACAUAAUGAAAGGACAGGCUCCCCGUGACAGAGAACUCCCUGGCAGAGGUCAUACAAAUAAUAUAGAGUAUGGAGCAUUCAUUUACUUCAGUGGAUCACAUCAGAGGAACACAAAGAUGGCCAUGUCUCACCUGGGAAGCCCUUUCCUUGUCAAGCUUACCCCUGGGCUCUCCUGCUGCCAGGUAAGAUUUUGGUACUGGUUAUCUCAGGAUUCCCAGCUUUCUGUCUUUAAGAAGACUGCAUUAAAUGGAAGUUUGGAAAAAUUAUAUGACAUUUCAGGAUUGCCUGAGAUGAACUGGAGAAAAGUGAAUAUACCUGUAGAAAGUCUGGCUGAAGAAUUGCCUUUUCAGAUUGUCUUGCGGGGUACUAUUCUAACAACAAAUGCUACUGUUGCUGUUGAUGAUAUCAGUAUAGCAGGGGAAUGUGUAAUUGUGAAUGGAUCACUUCCAGAAGUCAGCCAGGAAAGUAAAGCUGCUGUGUGUGACUUUGAAAGAGAGAGCUGUGGUUGGAUUGAAGCUGUAAAUACAGAUGAGUUUGACUGGGUAAGAAGCUCCAGCAAUGCUCUUCCACCUGCAUUUCAGAAGCAAGCUCCUCCACGGGAUCACACCUAUAACAAACCUGAAGGUCAUUUUAUGUUCAUUCUGAAGAGCAGCAACAGCAUUUCACAAAUAGCUCGGCUACGAAGCCCUAAGUUCAGGCAAACAGGAUCAAAUUGCACACUGUCCUUUUGGUAUUACAAUUACGGAGAGUCAGUUGGGGCAGCAGAGCUGCAAUUGCUUGUGGAUGGGCUGGGACAGCCUACUGUCCUUUGGAGGACGUAUUACAACGAGGGAAAUCAGUGGCUGAAGGCAGUCAUUCAGCUUGGACGCCUUCCACAUCCUUUCCAAUUUUCACUGGAAAAAAUCAGUCUGGGUGUUUAUGAAGGCGUCUCAGCAAUUGAUGAUAUUAGAUUUGAAAACUGUGCUCUCCCACCUCCAGCAUUAAUUUGUGAAGGUCCAAAUCGCUUCUGGUGCAGAGACACAAAAGCUUGUAUUGACAGUUUAUUGGUCUGUGAUCUCGUGGAUGACUGUGGGGAUGGAUCGGAUGAAGACAACUGUGACCCUGACCUACAGUGUAACUUUGAAAAUGGGCUGUGCAAUUGGGAGCAGGAUGUUCAGGAUGACUUUGACUGGAUCAGAAUACGGGGUCCAACCCCCACAGUCAAUACAGGCCCGUUAAAGGAUCACACGACAGGCACAGCCAGAGGACACUACCUUUACCUGGAGUCCUCUGAGCCACGCCUAUUCCAAGAUAAAGCAGUUUUGCUUAGUCCUCUCUUCAACCCUUCUGGCUAUGGAACCUGUGUUUUCCGCUUCCAUUAUCACAUGUUUGGAAAAGAAGUUUAUAAGCUGUCAGUCUUCCAAAGAACUGUGAGUAAUGCUAAGGGAUGGCUGUUGUGGUACAAGUUUGGAAAUCAAGAAAACAGAUGGAUCAGACAGACACUCUUCAUCAGCAGUUCUAAGCCAUUUCAGAUUUUGGUGAAAGGUAUUGUAGGAGAUGGUUUCACCGGAGACAUCGGACUUGAUGAUGUGUCUUUUCUGGGCUGUACUCUCUACAAUGGAUACUUGCCCACUAUUUCUACAACUACUUCAGGAACUUCAGUUCCUGCCACGCUCCCCAUGAACAACUGCACAGAGAAGGAGUUUGUCUGUCGAGCCUCUGGCCACUGCAUCCAGAUGAUCCAGAAGUGUGAUUUUAGACCUGACUGCUCUGAUAAGUCUGAUGAAUCAGCUUGUGUUAUGGAAGUCUGUGACUUUGAAGAUAAAGACCUGUGUGGAUGGCAUCAACCAGCCUUGGAACAGAUGUCACGAAAUUACUCCAUACUUUUCACAAAGACAUUCAAGUGGCAACUUGGAAGAGGAGCAAAUCUCUACCCUGAGGAAGAACAACACUGCCCAUUAACUGAUCAUACUACGUGCACUGAAGAAGGCUGGUAUCUCUUUGCAGACAGCUCAAAUGGAGAAUUUGGUGACACAGCUGACAUUGCUACCCCAGUCAUCUCCCUUACAGGGCCCAGAUGCAAAAUCAUAUUCUGGAACCACAUGAAUGGUUCAACAAUAGGUUCUCUGGAGGUACUCUAUAAGAGCAGUAACAAGACUUCUAAACUGUGGAUUCAAAGUGGCAGCCAAGGUCCCCAGUGGAACAGAGCAGAAGUGUUCUUAGGAAUUCGUUCAAAUUUUCAGGUUAUUUUCAGGACAAAACGUGGUGUCAGUUACAUGGGAGAUGUGGCAGUGGAUGAUAUUACCUUUGAAGAUUGUUCCCCUCUGCUAAUCUCAGACAAACCUUGCACAUCAGAGGAAUUCAUGUGUGCCAACAAGUACUGCAUCCCAAAGAAUAAUCUGUGUGAUUUUGUAAAUGACUGUGAAGAUAACUCAGAUGAAAGCCCUAGUAUUUGCAGUACAUCUAUUGGGCAUUGCAAUUUUGAGUUUGACUUUUGUGGAUGGAAGCAAGAUGAAAAUGAUGAUUUCGACUGGUACCUCAGAACUAGCAGUACUGCAAAACUGGGCACUGGACCAGCUACUGAUCAUACACUGCAAGAGUCAUCUGGUCAUUAUAUUUUUAUAAAGAGUUCAUUUUUUCAGCUACCAGGACAGAAAGCUAGGAUUUCUAGUCCUGUCUUAAGCAGAAAGAAUAAAAACUGCAAGAUAAUUUUCUAUUAUCAUAUGUAUGGAGCUCACAUUGGAUCAUUGAUUAUCUACCAGAGAACUACACUGAAACACGAAAAAAUUCUCCUUAAUCUUACUGGAAACCAGGGAAAUUACUGGCAGCGCAAGGCACUGACCCUGUCUGGAGAUGGAGAUGACGAUUUUCAAGUUGUCUUUGAAGGGAUAGCUGGAGAAGGUCCCAAAGAUGGCAUAGCACUUGAUGACCUCACGUUUUCCAGGGAAUGCUUACCAUCCCAGGAGUUUUUACCAGCAGAACCCCCAGAGCUACCUCCAGCAGGCUCCUGCUCACAUGGCCAUAGGCAGUGCCAGAAUGGCAAGUGUUACAGACCAGAACAAAGCUGUGAUUUUGAAGACAACUGUGGGGAUAAUACAGACGAGAGUGAAUGCGGAACUUCCUGCACCUUUGAGAAUGGCAGAUGUGGCUGGCAGAAUUCCCUGGCUGACAAUUUCCACUGGGUGCUGGGGGUCAGCUCGCCUCAAAGUCUCAGACCUCCCAGGGACCACACGCUUGGAAAUAGAACUGGACAUUUCCUAUAUCUUGAGGCCACUGCAAUGAGCCUAAUAAAUGAAAAAGCCCAUGUGAAGAGUUCCAUAUGGAAAGAAUCAAGUGGGACUUGUGUGAUGAGCUUCUGGUACUUCAAGUCAUCAAAAGCCAUGGGACAUAUUCAGGUUCUGAUUAAGACUGAUGAUGGGAUUGUGAAAAUAUGGAGUGAAUCAGGAACUCAUGGUGACGAGUGGAACAAAGUCGAGUUACACUUGGGGAAGCUAAGAAAUUUUGAAAUUAUCUUUGAAGGCAUUCGUACCAGAGAUCUGGGAGGAGGAGCAGCAAUAGAUGACAUAGAGUUCCACAACUGCACUACAACUGGAGAGAAUCCCAGGGAAUGUCCUGCCCUCACUGAUUUUGUGUGUGGGGAUAAAAAUUGCAUAGAGUCUCAGCUCAUCUGCGACUAUAAACCAGACUGUGAAGACCUAUCAGAUGAAGCUGACUGCAGUUACUACACAAGUAUUCCUGGAAGCUGUAACUUUGAAACACAAGAUCAAGAGUGGACAACUGUAUGUGGAUUAACACAAGACACUACUGAUGAUUUUGACUGGAAUAUUAGCAACGGUGCUGUCACAGGGCAAACAGAUCCUCAUACUGACCACACACCAGGUAAAGGACAGAGAUUUUUGUAUGUCAACUCAUCCACCCAGAAGGAAGGAAACAGAGCAAGGAUAACUACCACCAAGUUCUUCCCAGCUAGUCUUGGGGUCUGUAGAGUUCGCUUCUGGUUCUGGAUGUUUCCCUCUAGGGAAACAGGAGUCUUAAAGGUCUACACAGUUGAAGAACAUGGAAUGGAUAUCCUUAUGUGGUCUUCUAGUAGAAAUGAAGAAAACAAAUGGAUGUAUGGAAGUGUGGCUCUCUCCAGUAACAGUCUUUUCAGAGUUGCCUUUGAAGCUGAAGUGGGGUGGAGUCAACCCACAGAAUUUGCUCUAGAUGAUAUUUCUUUCACCCCAGAAUGCAUUGAUGGAGGAUCAGCUGAUCCACACCCUCCAACUUGCAGUGGGGACGAGUUCCCGUGUGCUUAUGUGCAGCAAUGUUUGCCCCUCGCCGCGCGGUGCAACGGGGUCGAAGAGUGCAUGGAUGGCAGUGAUGAAAUGAGCUGCCCCAUGGAGGUGCCCACCACCACCAUGUCCCCGGGCUCCUGCAGGGAAGCAGAGUUCCUGUGUCCUUCCCAAGGCUGUGUCCUGUCCCUCCUGCUGUGCGAUGGUGUCCCUGACUGCCGCCUCGGCGAAGAUGAAGCUGGCUGCCCCAUUAAAGAUUGUUCCAAUGGUUCUUUGUUAUGUGCUUCAACUAAUCAAUGUAUACCACUCUCCCAGCGUUGUGAUGGAAUUGUAGACUGCAUUGAUUCCAGCCUUGAUGAAUCUGGCUGUUCAGCUUGUCCUGAAGGAUACUGCAAAAAUGGCGGAAAAUGCACCAUCAAAGAUGACAUUCCAUUGUGCCAAUGUGGAAAAGGAUGGAAAGGAAACCGUUGCCACAUAAGUGCUAAGCCUCUUCAGCCUCCAAAUCGCCUACAAAAUGAUAUUUGGAUUGGAUUGGGUAUCGGUUUCUUACUGAUUAAAAUUACAGCUGCUGCCUUGUAUUUUCUUUUGAAGAAGAAAGUGCCAGAAAUGAAAGUGCAAGAAACUGCUAUUUCUUCAUUUGCCAAUCCAUUGUACAAAGACCUUAGUUCAUCUGGAAAAGUAAAGUCUCCUAGGUAUGCCAUCUCAUCUGCUGUUCAAAUCAGUGUUUCUCCAUGGCAUGAGUAUCCAUUUAAUGAAAAUGGGAAUGCUACUUCUUUUCCAAAUCCUCUCUAUGGUGUAGCAGCAGAAGACAUGGAGAAAUUAUGUAGCUCCUUGAAAACUUAAACACAUUGAAGUGAUCAUAACUCUUUACCUAAGGAUUUCUUGAAAGAUCUGGAAGUGUGUCAUGAUACUGUAGUAUUUGCAGUAUGAAUUAAUAACUCAUCACAGAAUAACUCUUAUUAAAACAAUUACAUUUAGAAAGUAAAUUUAUAUUAAAAAUGGAAUCCAUACAUAAGUAAACCAUAAUUAUAUAUAGUCUUCUGUCAUUUCUGUUGGUGCAGAAAGAGAUUGAUAAUUAUAACUAUUAAUUCAUUUUACAUUCGUACAGUUCAAAUUCCAGUAUGUUAAUAAAAUGUUUGAACCAAUCCAGAUUCUUUAUGCUUGGGAAGAAUAAUUUUAUGUCCAUUAUUUGAGAAAUUAUGACUUAAAUAUUUCCAUAAUUUUGCAUUAGAAAGGGAUUUUAACUGACUCUUUUAGUGUUCCAAGAUGCAGAAGCAAAAGAAAAGCCUUUAUAAAAUUGGAAACAUAUCAAACUAAAUCAAAAAUGGUCAUGAAUCAUAGAUUUGAAUAUUGGCUCAGCAUGUGAUCUAUCUCUGUGGCACACCAGUAUAUACACUUAUUUUUUUUUAAUAUUUUCAUUAUUUACCUUGAUAGUUAUAUCUGACCAAA